CGGUACAGGGAGCAACAGCUCUGUUAUGAGAGGACGGAUAGAAGCAAGCUAUUUUUAAAAAAAUAUUUAAAAAAAGAGGACUGUAUUCAACUCGUUUGACAGCGCUGAUAUUUCGGUUGCGACUUCAAAACAAUGGUGCAGUCUUGUUCGGCGUACGGAUGUAAAAACAGAUAUCAUAAAGAUAAGGACAUUUCGUUUCACAAAUUCCCUCUGGCGAGACCCGACCUCUGCAGGAAAUGGGUUGUGGCGAUGAAGAGGCGCAAUUUCAAACCGACGAAAUACAGCAACAUCUGCUCACAGCACUUUACCAAAGACUGCUUCAAACGGGAAUGCAACAAUCGGGUGCUGAAGGAAAACGCAGUGCCUUCACUGUUCCAUUUCAAUAAGCUACAAAUGAAGGCUGAAUCUCUAGAGCAAGCCAUCACUCCGGAGCUGAGCUUCUCCUUGCCUUCACCGAGCACACACACACCGCAACCCGACGUCCUGCAAACCCCACACCCCCGACCCUCCUCUCCGACCUCCGUCUCCAUACCGUCUCCGUCGCCGUCUCCGUCCUCGCCUCUGAAAGAGGAGGACCCUCUGAGAGCGAGUGCCUUCGUCUCCUGCGACCACAACUACACGCUGGACGACAUGGUGCAGCAGAAGAAGCGGAUGGAGCAGCUGGUGGAGCAGCUGAACAAACUGCGCAGGAAGCUGAAGACGCUGCGGCAGAAGUGCAGGAGGCAGGAGAGGCAGCUGGAGCGCUUCCGAGCCAUGGAGGAGAUCUCCACGAGCGGGAACGACCUGGAGCUCGGACAGAACUACGUCAUCCUGCCCAGAGAACUCCUCACCACACUUAAAGGCAUUCACACCGUCGAGGGUUUGUGAGACUCGCAGGACUGUGCAAGGAUGCACGCAGGCGUGUUUGGGAUAUUUUCAUCAGCUUUGUGUUAAGGACAUUAAUCGAGUACACGUUUAACAAUCCAGUAAUCAAAGACAGGUUUUUACCAUAACGACCAGAUCUUUAUUAUGUUUGUUUUAUUAUGGUUUACGUUAUUAACAUGAUUUUAUGUUUGCAUUUUUAAAAAAAUAUCUGAUUCUGUGUUCAUAUUUGUCAGAAUGGAAAACAGCUGUCGUUAUAGUGUACUGUUCUGCUUGACCUCCUUGCAUGUAACGCAGGAGUAGUGACUUUAUUUGCCAUAGCAGACCUGUAAACCUUCACGCACGUUGCGUACGAGCUCCAGAUUUUAACGUCAGAGUACGUGUUAUCUCUCUAUGAGAAGCUCCGCCCACUUCCCCCAAUCUCACAGUAGUAACCUUUGGCACGUGCUCUCGUCUUGUCCCGACUCGAUUAUUAAAAAAAUUUUCCCGUUUGCUUUCUAUGACGGUAAAAGGAGAAUGUUUUGAGGCCGUCCCGCGCCUCGUGCCCCGAGUCCCCUGGGAUAGGCUCCAGGCUCCCCGUUACCAUGUGUAGGUUUUCUCUCAUGUCUAAGCGGUUUGUAAAAGGACUGUGUGUUAUCCUUCAUUAGUCCUUAAUUAUCGCAAGUAAUCGCAAGUCUGUGUUAAGAUCUUAAUUGUGCGGGGAAAAAUCUGUUGCACUUUAUCUUCAAAUCAGAUCUGGAAUCAUAUCUCAUCAUAUUUUCUUUUUUUUUUUUUCUUAAAUAAUAUUUUUCUUUAAGUUUUGCUUUAUUUCUUGGAUUUGGUGUCAGCAUGUUCCAAUAUAUAUCCACGUUUUAAUUUCUAAAAUUCUGUAUAAUAUAUGUGUAUAUAUUUUUUUCUAUUCAUACAGAUUUUUCAAAAACCACGGAGGGCGCUCACGUGUCGUUUGAAAAAUGAAGCAGUGUUCGAGUCUCUAUCUCUAUAAUUUUUCGUUCACCCCCCCCCCCCCCCCCCCCCCCCCCCAACCCGCUGUUUCACUCUACAAAUUUUCCUAUGAACAACCCGUUCCUUUCCGUCUCGACGUCUCGUACUCGACUACAGAAUUACUCGACCUGUCUGUCUGCUUCGCUUUGUGUUGUUUAUAAAUACCAUGCUGCUUCCUUUAUAUAAUAUAUAAUGUUACGUGCUGAAUUUAAAUAGGCUGUAGUGCUGGAUUGUUCGUAUAUUUUCCUCGAAACAUUCACCUUUUUUUUUUUAUUUAUUUACAUUUUUUUGCGCAGUUUCAGUUUAUAACAGUUUGUGCACAUACAUCACAAUAUGGACCUCGUGUACUAACCUCUGUUGAGUUUAAAUAUCUGAUUUGGAGUGAAAUGAGGCGUGGUUAAAGGAGCGGUUUGUCAUUUUUGAAACAUGUUUCUAGACCUGUAGUAAUUUUAUCAUCGUAAAGACACCAUAGGAAAAACUAUUAUCCGUAAUAUUAUUACCGUUUAAUCAUUCUGAAUGUUUGGUUUGUUUCAAGCUUAUGUUUUACGGUUUGUUUUUCCGGCCCUGAAAAUAGGUUAGCGUGACGGCUGAUGAAUUUAGCUGAAAUAUUAAGAGUUUUUCCCAUAAAAGGCGACUCAUAAGGCAUCGAGAGACGCGUGAUGAGGUUGGACAGACGGACGGACGGAAAAACUUGACGUGUUUGCCGUUCUCCGUUUAGGCAGGAGAUGGCGCUAAAAUGUCACAAAUCGCUCCGUGUGAUAAAUAUGAUUUUCUCAUCCAGUUUUUUUUUUUUUUUUUCCCCUGAGAUAUAAUACUUGGCCUUCAGCAGUAUGUUGAUAUCUCAUAUGCUGGAAAAUGCUUAAAGAUUCCACGAAAAUGCUGAUAUUUGUGCUGAGUCCUGAUUUAUACAAAUGUAUACAGGUGAUUCUUUCUCUUUCCUUAUUAUGUUGUUUGUAUAAAGGUGGACUGUAAGUGCGACAUGCUCACCGGAGAACUUUGUGGCUCUUCUGGCUCAUAUGAACACUUAUUAAUAAACAUCAUGAGGUUUUUUUUUUCCCUCCCAGGAACAGAUGAUUCAGAAACAAAUCCACCGUUCAGUGAACAAACUGCAACACGUUGCAAUACAUUUCCAAGGGCUUUACCUGUCUGGGAUUAUUUUACAGUUAAUCGUUUAUGGUUAUUGUUACUUAAUAAUGUUAAACUGAAUCAAAGCCAUAUACACAUAUACUUGAUCUUUGGGUUAGGAGAUGUCAUUCGAAUCACUGCUGCCUUCUCUACAGUCUCUGUGCAAUCUCUUGUGUGGACUGACUCAAUACAACGUUGCUUAAGAUUCA